GCUGCUGCUCUUAAGCCGCUGCCGUGGGAUGCUGGAACCGCUCUCUCUGGGGAAUGCUCCCUGAAUGCUGUUGAAGCCUCCCUCAAUGGCGCCCGGGCAGCUGUCUGUGACAACAGGUGAUCGGGAUCUUUGUUCACAAUGAAUGCUCUCAGAGGCCGCGGCUCUGUCGGCUCCCGUGGAGAUCCCUCUCCGUUCCUCUGCCCCCUGCCCGCCUCCUCUCUCUGUGAUGCGUCACCGCCCCUCCCCCUCCGGAGCUGCCAGCGGGUCUUCGCACGCGGCGCCGCCAAGAAGGUCGUGCAGAAGCGUCGGCACAUGAUGAAGAUCUUGCACCUCCGUCAAGAGCGUUACGAGCCCAAGCCCGAUGGCUACCGGCCUUUGCCCAUGUCGCUGACGGGGUCGGGCCCCGUGCGGCGGCUGCUGGUCGCCAACACCAAGGAGAGCUUCGCCCUCACUGACAAGAUCGACUGGGAGAGGUACAAGUGUGACGUCAGGGGCGUGCGGUGGCACCCCAACGGGGCCUGGCGCGUCCAGUUUGCCAGGCGCAACCACGAGCACAACUUCUUCGUCAAGUGUGACUGCUACUUCCGGGUGGGGCUGUAUGGCUUCGAGGGCGCCAAGAAACUCGCCAUAGCCUACAGGAAAAGACUCGAGGCUGAGUGGGAAGAACAGGUAGGAACCCAAUCCACCGACAGCAAGUCCCUUCUCUCUCUCUCUGCAACAACGGAUUGGUUCAUGAUGCAUGAUGCAGAUGGAUCAGUGGGGUGUGAUUGACCAGCGCAACGCCGAGCGGCGGAAUGCCGCCCGUCAGCGGAAGGAGCAGAUGGUGGAGUACGAGGACCAGCUGGGUGAGGGGGCGCUGGUGCCGCUGCCCGAGGAGGAGUCGCCCUUCCUGGCCGACGACGAGUACGACGCACUCACGAAGCAGCCCGCACCAAAGGUCGAGAUGGUGGACCCCGAGAGCUUCGUACGCGACGAGGCGCCGCCUUUCCUCCCCAAAUACGCAGACACUGUCCAAGAGGACCUCGAUCGUCAGACGCGCACUCACACACACAGACAGACAGCCCAAUAUGCAGGCCGGGAGGACAGGACAGGCGGGGUCAUGUUGUGGGUGUGUGUGUGUGUGUGCAGGCUACGGAGCGAUGGAGCACGAGCGCAAAUUACCCGGUGAGUGAGUGAGAAACCCACCCCGCCCACAGACAGACAGACAGACAGGCGACACGCUUAGGGGGCAUGCCAUCCCAUGCAUCGUCGUGAAUACAUCUGUGUUGUGUGUGUGUGUGUGUGUGUGUCUGUAUGACUGACAAUCAACGGUCGGUGUGGGUGUCUGUCUGUCCACUCAGAGCGUCCCUACCUGCCUCAAGAGGAGGAAGAGCAGCGGAGACAGCUGCAGGAGCAGCAGCAGAUCGAGGAACAGAAACGCCUCACCAGCGGCGACGCCUCACACGACGAGACUCCAACUAGCGAGGGUGCACCUGGGCCACCAGAGGAUCAAGAGAGACCAGAGACCGACGACGAUGACGAGAGUGGGGAAGGGGCUGAGGGUGAUGUGGGUGGCGGUGCUGAGGAGUCUGGGAGAGGUGCUGGGCUGGGUGGGGCGGGGCAGAUGGAUGACCAAGGAAGCAAGCCUGACAGAUAGACAGGAGUGGACAGGCAGGCAGGACUGUAGCGCCGUCGCUUGCAGGGUGGUUGGGCAUCGGUAUGUGACAGACGGUACGGGCCGGGCUGCCUCCAUGAAUUAAUGAAUGAAUCCAG